AUGGAAGAAGGUGGUUCUUCAACAAUGGACGAAACUUAUGAUUCAAACAUGGACGAAGUGGUUGUUGUACCUGAGUGCUCGAAAGAUUUGAAGCCUGUGGUUGGGCAGAAGUUCAAAUCACUGGAUUUUUGUUUCGCGGAAGGCAGCAAGAAGUCGAGCGAGGAUGACCAAGCAAAUGCACGGUCUGGUUUUUCGAUAAAACGUCGACGUUUAUCAAAGCGUUGUGGUUGUAAAGCCAGUAUAUCAUUCAAGUUCUUCUCCGAGGGAGGAGUUUCAGGUUAUACUGUCGAGGAGUUUAACGAAGUUCAUAACCAUUAUAUGCUCGUUGGCUGCAAUGUUGGGGAUAUAAGGAAUGCUUCACGAGACAUCAAAGCAUACGCUCAUGGUUUUGACGUACAAAUGGUUUUGGAUGAUAUGGCUAGGAAGAAGGAGAUGUCCGAAGCAUUCACAUAUGAGUACGAGGUUAAUGCUAGCAACCAGCUUGUUGCUCUGUUCUGGUGUGAUGGUUUGAUGAAGAGGAAUUACCACAUGUUCGGUGAUAUUGUCGCUUUUGACACCACCUACAACACCAAUAGGUAUUGUAUGAUCUUCGCGCCGUUCACGGGAAAGGACAAUCAUGGACGACUAGUAACUUUCGCUGCUGGUUUGGUAAGCAACGAGAAGACAGACGCUUUUGCAUGGCUGUUUAGACAUUUUUUCCAAUGUAUGGGGGUUGCUCCGAAGAUGAUUGUUACAGAUCAAGAUUUGGGGAUGAGAUCGGCUAUUGAUGAGAUUCUUGUCGGGACUCGCCACAGAUGGUGUAUGUGGCAUAUCAUGCAUAAGUUGGCCAACACAUUUCCUGGUCGGUUAUUGAGGGACGAAGAUUUCAAGAAAGAGUUCAAUGCAUGUGUAUGGUCGGACCUGCUUGAACCCGACGAGUUCGAAGAAGAGUGGAAUGGAGUAGUUGAGCGUUAUGGCCUAGAAGAACACAGUUGGUUCAAGACGUUGUACGAGUAUAGGCAGUUAUGGAUACCUGUCCACGCAACAACAUUGCGGAAUUUUGUGGAAUUCUACUUGAAUUUCAACCAAGCUGUGGAUUUUCAGCGGAAUAGUAGAACAAAGCUGGACUACCAAGACGCGACUGCCCUGCCUAUAUUGGCCACUAAUCUGCCUUUCGAGAAACAUGCUUCUACUCUGUACACAGAUAGUAUGUUCAAGAAAAUACAAGAGGAGAUUGUUGAGGGAAAUGACAGAUGCCGCGUUUUGGGGUUCUCAUCUACAGACAGUGUUGACACCUACAAACUUGGAGACAGCCUUCGCCAUUCCUACUUUGUGAGACACGAUAGGACUGACGACUCAUAUUCUUGUGAUUGCAAACUAUUCAGUAGGAAGGGUUAUCUGUGCAGCCAUGACUUCUCUUUGUUCCGGAACAAUGAAGUAAAAAAGAUUCCGGAUAACUACUGUGCAAGUAGAUGGAUGAAGACUCCGCUAACUAAGGCUGUCCAUGGACAUGUUGAUGAGACUUUACCUACACAAUCCGUUGUUGAUGAAAGGCAAAACGUUUCAAAGCAAGGAAUCUCACUGUUCUAUGGUUUUCUUCGUCGAUUUGAGACGGACAUUGACGUGCUUCGUGCAUUCGUAGGUGGACCGGAGGAACUUGGUAAUUCACUUCAACUUGGAACUCCUUUAACAUUCGCUUCUGAGAAGAGGCGAAUGAUUGAACAGUUUUAUGGAAUGGAAAGGCCGGAAGUCGUCGAGGUCCACCCUCCGGAUGUGGUAAAGACAAAGGGGCUCGCGAGCAGCUCCGCUAGUCAUCUGAUUUCCAAGAGAGAAAAGGCUAUCAAGGAUGCUACUAGGCCCCUUAGACGGUGUAAGGCGUGCGAUGAGUUGUGCCAUCAUGACUCUAGAAAUUGUCCAAUGCUUAAAGAGCUUGAAACGGAGAAUGAGCUGCGUAAGGGAAAGAGAAAAUGUUGA